AUGGGUGAUGGCGCUGCUGAGCCUUACAAGAAACUCCAAAAAGCAGCCGAGGACCUGGGAGUCGACAGUCGAUGGAUAUGCGAAGUCGAUCAAUGGGAUGGCCAAAAAAAGUUGGACGACCUGGACCAUCUCAAUGGUUCUGAGCGCGAGACAGACGAGGACGAGGACGUGGAAGAUCCCCCACUGGAAGAGUUCCGAGUUCCUCUGCCAACAGAACGUGUCCAAAUUUUAUACGACGAAUCAACGCAAUGGAUUAUGAAGCUGAAGAAAGAUCCCUCAAACGUCCAAGCAGUUGAGGAACUUCGGAAUUUGAACGCGAAGCUCGAGGAAGAGGCCGUGGUGAAGAACACAGAAGACAUGAUGGAUGAAGGUGCGCCGACAGAUUAUUGGAAUAUUGAGGCUUCCUUCUUCUCGACACAUUACCAAAUGAUCAACGAGGGAUAUCGACAAUUGCUUGAGGACCGCCAAAACAGGACCUAUUCUGAGGAGAUUCUUGAACAUAAGAGGCUCGUUGAUUUGAAAAUUGAAAGGAAGCAUUUUCCGGCCAGCUGGACUAUGGAGACACCCGAAGAGUUCCUCAGUCGAAGAGACAUUGCCAGUAACAUCGACUAUCCAUGGAUCACGUUAAAGGCUUCUGGUGGGUUUACAAUCAUAGGGUAUUACCCCGUCGGCCGGGGCACGCGGGCGCUCGUAGAGAGAGAGGAGGAUGGCCGGCUCAUUCGGAGCUACGAGACCGGUUCCGAGGCCGGCGUUACGGCCGAUUUCAGGUCGAAAGGCUUAAAUCUGUCCAAGGGGCAGUCUGAAGAGACAGAAUCCCAACUCCCUGGGAAGCUGGACCAGUCGCCGAGUUCAACGACCCAGCAGCUGUCGAGCCUGAUCCGGAUGUGA